AUGGCAAACUCCAGCCGUAUAGGGAACCAUUCAGCUGCUGGGCCGUUUCAUGACGACUAUUACUUCGAUGACAACGGCACCCUUUCAGCAAACGUCACCCCGACGUCUGCAUCCCUGACUCUAAAACACGACGCGAACGUCCGUAUCCUCACGCUGUCCAUCAUGGUGGUGAUCGGCGUGGUCGGGAACAUGCUGGUCUUCGCCUGGAUGUGGCGAAAUCGCCGCCGAAAGUCCAACGUGAACUACCUGAUCCUAGGCCUGGCCAUCGCGGACCUGUCGGUGGUGACCGUGACCAUGCUGACUCAGAUCAUCUGGGAGUCCCUGGAGGAACGAUGGUACGCCGGAAACGUCAUGUGUAAGGUCAUCAAGGUCGGACAGGCUCUGGGGCUGAUGGCGUCCAGCAACAUGCUGGUGGUGAUUGCCAUCGAUCGCCACCACGCCAUCCGCAGCCCCAUGAAGCGGGCUCUGCCUGCGAAGAGGAUGAUCGUCGCCGCAUACUCCGUCGCCCUGCUUUGCUCCCUACCGCAAGCCUACAUCUUCAGAGAGGUGACGACGCCGACGGGCGAAAGCUUCUGCAAGGCGAUCUUCCGCGAGGUGGGCAGAUGGCACCUGCAGGCUUACAUCACGUACGUCGCCAUGGUGCUGUUCUCCGUCCCCUUGCUCAUCAUCAUCGUGGCGUACGCCAGGAUCCUGAAGAAGAUCUCCGACAGGGUCCGAGACGGAAAGUCUCCCCUCUCCACCAGGAGACACAACAGGAUUUACAUUCAGAGCAACAACAACGAGGCGAUGAUCCGCGCCAAGAUGAAGACGCUGAAGAUGACCAUGGUGAUCAUCCUGACCUUCAUCAUCUGUGGGACGCCGUACUUCAUCGUGGAGAUGUGGAUGGCGUUUGGAGAUCCUGCAACACUGGACAUGCGAGUCGUUGGAGUUUUGGGAAUCUUCGCCAGCGCCAACACAGCAACCAACCCGUUCGUCUUCCUCUACUUCAACACCAAGUCCGACUGCCUCUCCGGCAUCUUCGGACGGCGGAAAGAAAGUCCAAAGGCGAGAAACACCACCAGACAUGAAGGUACGGAGAUGGGACGCCUGACACCGAUGUCGAUGGCCAGGUCAGAGUCGCGCGAACCUCCAAGCAUCCAGGCAAGCAGUCGCACGCUUUACGAACACGUGCUGUGA